ACCCCUCUCCCGACGACGACUGAUCGCCACGUCGGGUUCACCUCGCUCUAUCUUUUCUCUCGCACCUAUUUACGUUUCAAAUAAUCCUUGAUUAUUUCCGAUCACAAUGGCUACUGCUACAGAGAACGCCCAGCCGCCAGUCAGCGCUGAGAACACUGCUCCUGCGGUUGAGCCCAAUGAGAAGACAAACGGCGACACGGUCACCGUCUUCCACGAUCCUGAGAACUUCAACGUCAAGCACCCUCUCAUGCAUGAGUGGACUCUCUGGUUCACCAAGCCUCCGAGUGGCAAGGGCGACAACUGGAACGAUCUUUUGAAGGAGGUCGUGACAUUCAACUCUGUGGAGGAAUUCUGGGGCAUCUACAAUAACAUCACACCGACUUCGGAGCUUGGACUCAAGGCCGACUACCACCUGUUCAAGAAGGGAGUACGGCCGGAAUGGGAAGAUAUUCAGAACAAGCACGGUGGCAAGUGGUCAUACUCUUUCAAGGACAAGCGUUCCGUUCCCAUCGACGAUCUGUGGCUGCACGCCCAACUGGCGGCGAUUGGCGAGACUCUCGAGAAUGACGGCGAUAAUGAAGUCAUGGGCGUGGUCGUGAACGUGCGCAAGGGCUUCUACCGUGUCGGUCUCUGGACUCGCUCUGUAGGCAAGAGCCUCCCCGGUGACAAGACUGGCCGGACGCCCGCCCAGGGCAAGGAAAUUCUGGAGAGCAUAGGCCGUCGAUUCAAGGAGGUCCUGCGCCUCAAGGACACCGAUAUUGUCGAGUUCUCCGGCCACACCGAAAGCGCCCACAGCGGCAGCACGAGAGCCAAGGCUAAGUACACUGCCUAGACGACUCUUCACACUUGACGGCUUACGCAUGCAUUACGGCACAUUUUGUCCUUUAAUGGGGCGAUUGGAGUGAUAAUGGAGUGAAUGAAUCAAAAAAAAGCUAAUCGCAUAUGAGACCGAGUCCCAGCUGGAGAGGGCCACUGGAUAUGUGGCCCGCCUCUCUCUCUCUCGGCUUUUUCAUGUCUUCGGCCUCGUGACGACUUCAUCCAAGGUUCCUGGACAUGUAUCUUAU